AUGCGUUACUCACAAAAGAUUCCGUGGCGUGGAAGAAUCUUUUGUAAGUUUCUCAGAGACAAUGUCCUAGCUUUACUUCUAGCUGGGAGGGAUACCACUGCCUCUGCUCUCACUUGGUUCUUCUGGCUUUUGUCCGAAAACCCUAUAGUGAUGACUAAGAUUCGCCAAGAGGUUGACAUGAUUCUUCCACGAAGUAGUAGUGGCCAAGAAAGGCUAUCUUAUGAUCCAAUGGAGCACUUAAACAAGCUAGUGUACUUACAUGCUGCAUUGUUUGAGACAAUGAGGCUUUACCCACCGGUUCCUCUCGUGCGUGUGUCUCCUCUAAAGACAGAUGUGCUUCCAAGUGGACAUAAAGUCGAAGCAAACUCAAAGAUACUGAUCUUUGUUUAUGGGGUGGGUAGGAUGAGAGCUGUAUGGGGAGACAAUGCACUAAAGUUCAAGCCAGAGAGAUGGAUUUCCGAGACAGGAGAGUUGAGACAUGUACCUGCCUUCAAGUUCUUAGCAUUCAAUGCCGGCCCGAGAGUAUGCCUAGGUAAACAAAUAGCUAUGAUGCUAAUGAAGAUUGUGGUGGUGGAGAUGUUACAAAACUAUGACAUUAAGGUUGCUAAAGGGCAGAAGUUUGAACCAGAUACCAGUUUAAUUCUUAGAAUGAAGCAUGGAAUCAAGGUUACAAUUAACAAGAGAUGUUCUUUUUAA